GGUUGUUCAGACUGACUGGUCGCCCUCGCACAGCCGCAUGUACUGAAGGGAAGGGCGAGAGGGUUAUCAGAGUUUGCCUGCUGGUUAUGCAGUGGACUGGGCUGGAAGAGUGAAUUGUAGUUUAUUUUUCGGAGAAGAGCGAAUGUCGCAGGCGGAUACCGUGGGGAAAUAAGUACCAAGAUGGAGGGUUCGGCGGCACCAGGUGUCAAGGCAAAUGGACCCGUUGCAGCGGCCAGCACCGCGGUGAGCUCCACCACAGACCCACCUCUGUCCCCAAGGGCGCUGGACGAAGAGCCACAGUCGUCUCUGACAGAUGUCAAGCAAAUGUGGAUUAUAUUCGGCAAGACUUUUGCCAUUAUCUGCCCGAUCUACAUCUUGGGGUACUUUGGGUUCAGCUUUAGCUGGGUCAUGAUUGGACUCGCCAUUUUGUUCUAUUGGAGGAAAAACCACGGCAGUAAGGACUUCAGGAUAAACCGUGCCUUAGCAUUCCUGGAGCAUGAGGAGAAAGUAGUGAAGCAAAGCGUGCCUACUGUUGAGCUGCCACCAUGGGUCCAUUAUCCAGAUGUGGAGAGAGUGGAGUGGCUGAAUAAGACGGUGAAGCAGAUGUGGCCGUUCAUCUGCCAGUUUGUGGACAAGCUGUUCAGAGAGACCAUCGAGCCGGCGGUGAAGGGCGCCAACCCUCAUCUCAGCUCCUUAUGCUUCACCAAGAUCGACAUGGGCGACAAGCCGCUCAGAGUGAACGGGGUGAAGGUUUACACAGAGAACGUGGACAAGAGGCAGAUCAUCAUGGACCUGCAGAUCAGCUUUGUCGGAAAUACAGAGAUCGAUGUGGACAUCAAGAAAUACUAUUGCAGAGCUGGAAUCAAAAGUAUACAGCUUCAUGGGACGAUGAGAGUGGUGAUGGAGCCUCUGCUGGGGGACAUGCCGCUGAUCGGAGCCCUGUCCAUCUUUUUCCUCAAGAAGCCAUUGCUGGACAUCAAUUGGACAGGACUCACAAACAUGCUGGACAUUCCCGGUAUUAAUGGUUUGUGUGACAACAUCCUCCAGGACAUCAUCAACAACGCUCUGGUCCUGCCCAACCGCAUCACCAUCCCUCUGGUGGGAGAGGCCAAGAUGGCUCAGCUACGCUUCCCCAUCCCCAAGGGCGUUCUGAGGAUCCACUUCAUUGAGGCCCAGGACCUGAUGGCUAAAGACAAGUUCCUAGGAGGGCUGGUGAAAGGAAAGUCAGACCCGUACGGAGUCAUCCAUGUCGGGACCAAGCUCUUCAAGAGCAAAGUCAUCCAGGAAAACCUAAACCCAAAAUGGAACGAAGUCUACGAGGCCUUGGUGUACGAUAACUGCGGACCCAAUCUGGAGAUAGAGCUGUUUGAUGAAGACCCUGAUGAAGACGACUUCCUGGGAUGUCUGGUGCUCGACAUGGCUGAGAUCCAGAAGGAACAGAAGGUUGACGAGUGGUUUGUAAUGCAAGAGGUGCCCAAGGGGAAGCUGCACCUCAAACUGGAGUGGUUGUCUGUGCUGCCCACACCUGAGAAGCUGGACCAGGCACUGAUGAGCAUCAAAGCUGAACGUGGUCAAGCCAACGACGGCCUGUCGUCUGCGCUGCUCGUCAUCUUCCUGGACUCGGCCAGAAACUUGCCGUGCAAUCCGUUAGAGUUCAACCAAGCGGGGCUGACGGAGGCCUCGCUCAGUAAGGCAAUCAAGUCCGGUAAAAAAGUGACCAGCAGUCCCAGUCCAUUUGUCCAGUUCACAGUGGGACACAAGUCCUACGACAGCAAGGUCAGAUAUAAGAGCAAUGAACCGGUGUGGGAGGAAACUUUCACCUUCCUCAUCCACAACCCCAAAAGCCAAGAGUUGAAGGUUGAGGUGAAGGAUGAGAAACACGAGUGUUCAUUGGGUGUGUUGACGCUGCCUCUGAGUCGCCUGCUGGAGGCGGAGGACAUGACUCUGAACCAGCGCUUCCCCCUGAAGAACUCUGGAGCGAGCUGCACCCUCAAGAUGAAGAUGGCUCUGCGGGUGUUGUGCUUGGAAAAGACCACAUCUUCAUCCUCAGACUUCACCCCGUCCUCCGUGCAGGUCAAAAAGGCCAACUCCUCCAACCCCACCCCGCGUCCCUCUGUCUCCUCUGACCUCCCCAAGCCCGCCUCCUCCACCACCGACAUCCCCCGCUCUGUCUCUGCCUCGACCCAGGACCUGGUGAACCGGCGGCGGGAGGCAGAUGAGCCCUUGAGGUCUCCAGGAAGCACAGACUUGGGGCUGGGUGGAGCAGGCCGUGGCCUGGCAGAGACCGGAAGGAGCACCUCCAACCUGGCCAUCUCUGGUUCCCAGCAGUUCCUGGCUGGAGGCAAGGAGCCAACGCCCAGCAUCGCCUCGGACAUCUCCAACCCCUACGCUACUCAGGAGCUGCAGCUGAGACUCCACCAGCUGCAAAAUGGUUCAGGCCCCAGUCAUUUCCCGCUGGGUGAGGUCCAGCUGACAGUCAGGCACAGCUCCCAGAGGAAUAAACUCAUCGUGGUUGUUCACCGCUGCAGAAACCUAAUAGCGUUCACUGACCACGGCUCAGAUCCUUACGUCCGCCUCUACCUGCUCCCUGACAAAAGGAGGUCGGGCAGGAGGAAAACUCACACAUUCAAGAAAAACCUCAACCCAGUCUACGAUCAGACGUUUGAGUUCACUGUUUCCCUUGUGGAGCUCCACAGGCGUACUCUGGAUGUUGCAGUGAAGAACGGCGGAGGCCUGCUCUCCAAACACAAAGGCCUUCUGGGAAAGGUUCUGGUGGAUUUGAGCCACGAGGACAUCAAUAAGGGUUGGACACAAUGGUUUGAGCUGAGUGAAGAUGGCCUGACGAAGCCUCACCAACUAUAGACGGCAACCACAGGAACUACCAUCAUCAUCAUCAUCAUCAUCAUCAUCAUAUCACCACACUUCCACUUUAGACACUUCCACUUAAGUCUACAGUACGGCGUUUUGUUUUUAAUUUUCAUUACUGGUAACAAAAGGAGACAGAAAAGCAACUCCUGACAUUCAUUUAUUUAGUCGCAAGGCAAACCUCCCCUUUAAGAAGUGAAAGGCUGAUAGAUAAAGGGAGUAAAAUGUAGAAUAUUAUAUAUUACAUAAUGUACUGCUGCGGAAGUCUAUAUUCCAUAUUUAUAGGAGAAACCAUAACAGCUGUAGAAGAAAACAAUCUGUUUUAUUUUUUAUUUUAUUGCUGUUGCAGCAGUUUCCUGCCUCAAGUUUCGGUUAAGAAUGGCGAUGUACAAGUUUGUAAAUAAUGAUGAUAAUGAUGCUGGACAAAGCAGACAUUGUAUUUGCUUACUUUGCCAAAUAAUGUUUUGUAAUUUUAUUUUAUUUGAUCUUUUUUAAUGAAAAACAUUCUGGACAAAGUUUCUGAAGAAGAUCAAGUGCACGGUCGCCGGGGGAAAAGGCGCCACCAAAGAGAUGACACGUAUUUAAUGUCACCCUCGUGGGUUUUGGUAACGCAGCUCUAUCUUGGCUUUAUUCCACUGUAAAAAUGUGUGUAUUGGCCAUUGAAAUUAACUAAAAGUACUCAAAUAUUGUGUUAUAUAUAUAAUGCAAAUGCCAAUUUGUUUAGUUUUCCCCUCCCAUCUGUUCACACAUUUGUUGUUACACUGGAAUAAGGCCAAAGUUGUUUGUUUUUCAAACUGAAUAUUUGCACAUUUUUUUUAUUUAUAAUCCUUACACUUAGUUGCAAUUUAAACAUUGUCUAAAUUAAUGUAAAAAAAAAAAAAACUGUCUGUUUAAGCGGGUCAUUUUUAUCUUAAAUUUAAAACAAUUAUAAAUAAAAAAUUGUAAAAUUAUAGUGAUAUAAUAUAUAACAAUUUAAAAGGAAUGGUUUGACAUUUUGCUUUCUUGCAGGGAGUUACAUGAGAAGAUACCACUCUCGUGUCUGUCAGCUACAGCCUGGAUGGUUAGCUUAGCUUAGCAUAAAGAUUUGAAAAAGGGCGAAACAGCUAGCCUGGCUCUACCUGAAGAUAAAAUCUGCCUACCGGCACCUCUAAAGCUGACUAAUUUACACAUUAUAUCUUGUUUGUUUAAUUCGUGCAAAACCUUAGUCAUACUCACCACUGUGAUUCUCUGAAUUUCUCCUGUCUGACAGAAAUUCUGUUUUUAUUCAUGAAUUUAUUCAAGUCGUUCCACUUUGCUUUUUUUCCUUCUCGAUCAGUACUAUCAUAAAAAUAAACAACUACUCAUCUUUUAAAUGCCAAAAUUUCACAUUAAAAGUGAUCCAGCUUUCCCUAAUCAGUAAGCUUUUAAUGUGAAACCUCUGCAGUGGACAGUAUUUGUGAUAAAGGAAAGUGAGAGCAGCACAGUGAACUGUGUGGAUUCCACACAGUGCUGUGGAAAUGUACAUUAAUAAGCUGAAAUCAACACGAGUUGUAGUAAACUACGUGUAAUUCCAUCCUCUUCAAUGUUUUAAAGUUUUUGUUCAUUUUUAUCCGGCCUUUAUUUGGACAGCCAGUAUUUAACACUUUUAUAUGAGAAUGAACAGUUUAAACAGCUGCACAAACACGGAAGUAAAUGGGCUGGAAGCAUCACUAAGACUGCAGUGAUUUCACAGGGAUUUCUACAAACAUAAAGUUCUGAACAAUUUGAAAGAUUCUUUAUUCACAAUUUUCUAAAAAUUGGGACAUUUUCGUGCUAUGAACUAAGAAAUUGGACAUUCUGUCGAGAGGCUCAUAGGAGGGUGUUUGUUUCAGUGAGAUAUGAUAAAGUCAGCUACAGUCGUUCUUGUUUAUGAAUCAACAUUAGUCUUAAGAGUAAUGUACGACAUGCGUUUUAUUUGUUAUUGAGUUACACAUUAAAUACAUACAUUUCUUUUUCACACACAUAAACAUCGCUUUGUCUUUGCAGCACUCGUUCAGAAGGGAUUGAUAUCAUUAAUGAAUACACAGAAUACAUAAAUCUACAAACACAUUAAAUGUUAUCUACGGGGCCCCAAAGAGCAGCAAUUUUGUGUUGAUACAGAGGAGGCUAGAGUGACCUUUGACUGUCAAAACACAAAUAUAGACUUUGGCCUUGCUGUGUUCACAUCAUGCUUCGAGAAAAUAUUUUACAUGUAUGUACGGAAGCUGUGCCAUUAUGCAUUGUAAUGUUAUUUUAUUUGUGUUUCCCAGCUGUCACCCUCUUUGUCUUGUUUUAUUAUGGGUUUUAUUUUUUAAGAAUCACAAGGUUUUGUCUGCGAGUCAUUGGAUUUGAGAGCUGUGCCUCUGGGAUGGACUUUGUAAUCUGAAAGGCGGCUUGUCUUCUCCGUCUCCUUUAUUUUUUAUCUUGUGCCUUAAAUUUCCCACGACCCAGAGAUAUUUACAUGUAUUAAAAAAAACGACAAAAUGCUACAACAGUUUCCCACGUUUCAGAAUGUCUCCUUACAUGUCUUUUAAAACAAAUAAAGAGCUUUAGCUGGCUAUAGCAGCAUGAAGCUGUACAGCA